GCGGUUAAAUAUGGAACUAAAAAACGUUUAGAUCGGUUGUUUUCUACAUUUCUAACCGUCUUUUUUACUCUCCUUCGGUCCUUCGGUUCGUCUUUGUGUUAAGUUUAGUGAUCGAAUAUUUUAAUAGAUCGCCAGACAUGGCGGUAAACGUAUAUUCCACGAACGUAACAUCGGACAAUCUGUCCAGGCACGAUAUGCUGGCCUGGGUCAACGAUUGUCUGCAGAGCAAUUUCACAAAGAUCGAAGAGAUAUGCUCCGGCGCGGCCUACUGCCAAUUCAUGGACAUGCUCUUCCCCGGCUCGGUGCCCAUCGCGCGGGUCAAGUUCCGCACCAACCUCGAGCACGAAUACAUACAAAACUUCAAGAUACUCCAGGCGUCGUUCAAGAAAAUGCAAGUAGACAAGAUAAUACCGGUCGACAAACUGAUCAAGGGCCGGUUUCAAGACAACUUCGAGUUCCUGCAGUGGUUCAAGAAGUUCUUCGACGCCAAUUACGACGGCGCCGAGUACGACGCCGCGGCCGUCCGGGGCGGCGAGACGCUGGGCUCGGGGGCGGCGAAGGGCGGCGCCGGCGCCAGGCGGGCCAUCCCGAUGGCGACGAAACGGACGCCCGCCGUCGAUAGGCCCAAGGCGGCCGUGCACGCCGUCAAGCCCAUGCCGAAGUCUCUUCCGAAAAUUAAUGUUAAAUCGCAGCCGUCGACGAACAGAAAUCAAGCCGGAGAUUCUGGUGCUGUAGAGGAAUUAAAUAAUCAAUUGAGCGAGUUGAAGGGUAUUGUCGAUGGAUUGGAGAAGGAAAGGGACUUUUAUUUUGGUAAAUUGCGAGAUAUAGAAUUAAUAUGCCAAGAUAACGGCGAUAAUCCCAUGAUUAAGAGGAUUUUGGAUAUUCUUUACGCUACUGAGGAGGGUUUCGCGCCUCCGGAAGAGACUGAGGCAGACGGUGAAGCCGAAGAUGAAUAUUAUUAAACUAAAAUGCAUUUAAAGUAUAUUUUUUGUAAGUGUUAUAAAUAAAUACGAUUUUCAAGUGGCAUCAUUGCGAUCAAUUAUCGAGAAAAUGCAGAAGUAACGAAAAAUUGAUUCUAAAUACAAUAAUUUCCCCGAUCGAACAAUCAAAUUACGAACAGUUUCCA